UUUUUUUAAAGAUGAAAUAAUAGAGAGAGAAGCUGCCUUGCCCGUAUUUAUUUACUACCGUCGAUCGUCGUUAUCAGGUUUCGACAGUCAAAAAUGGGGACAGUUUGAAUUCGAGUGACGCCAACACCAACCAUGUCCGCCGCAGUAGUCGUGGGCGUUACCACCUCAUGGGCCAGCGCCCUUGCCAGGAUCUCUCCCUACACCUACUCCGCCCUAGGAAUCGCCAUCGCUAUCGGUGUCUCAGUCCUUGGGGCUGCUUGGGGGAUUUACAUUACCGGAAGUAGCUUGAUCGGCGCUGCAAUUAAAGCUCCUCGAAUCACGUCCAAGAAUUUGAUUAGCGUCAUUUUCUGCGAAGCUGUUGCUAUUUACGGUGUCAUUGUUGCAAUCAUCCUACAAACUAAAUUGGAGAGUGUUCCAGCAUCACAAUUGUAUGAACCCGAGUCACUUAGAGCAGGAUAUGCAAUCUUUGCCUCUGGAAUUAUUGUUGGUUUUGCAAAUCUUGUCUGCGGAUUGUGCGUAGGAAUAAUUGGAAGCAGUUGUGCUUUGUCUGAUGCCCAAAACUCCUCACUUUUUGUUAAGAUUCUUGUGAUUGAGAUUUUUGGAAGUGCACUUGGGCUGUUUGGAGUGAUUGUGGGAAUAAUCAUGUCAGCUCAAGCAACAUGGCCUGCAAAGGCGUAAAUCACUGUUUAUUAUUUGUUUCAGUAUUCUUUGAGUAAAAUACAUGUUAUGUGAACCCUUUUGAAUUCUAUAUUUUGUUAUGUAUUGUAAGUAGGUGCUUUAAUUCCUACUCCUAUACCAUGAAUUCAUGUUGUAAUUUUCCCAAUAAAUUGAAUUUCUUGACAA